CCGGGUCCCGGAGCCCGUGGCCUGAGGGAUGGACGAGACUAGCCCACUGGUGUCCCCCGAGCGGGCCCAACCCCCGGACUACACCUUCCCAUCGGGCUCGAGUGCUCACUUUCCGCAGGUGCCGGGGGCUGCGGUCCGAGUGGCGGCUCCAGCCGGCUCGGCUCCUUCUCCGCAGGGCUCGCCGGGCCACGACCGGGAGCGGCAGCCACUGCUGGAUCGGGCUCGGGGCGCGGCGGCUCAGUGCCAGACCCAAACCGUGGCGGCGCAGGCCCAAGCUCUGGCCGCCCAGGCCGCGGUAGCCGCGCACGCUGCGCAAGCCCACCGCGAGCGGAAUGAGUUCCCGGAGGACCCGGAGUUCGAGGCGGUGGUGCGGCAGGCCGAGCUGGCUAUCGAGCGUUGCAUCUUCCCCGAGCGCAUCUACCAGGGCUCCAGCGGAAGUUACUUCGUCAAAGACCUUCAGGGGAAGAUCAUUGCUGUCUUCAAACCCAAGAACGAAGAGCCAUAUGGGCAUCUUAAUCCUAAGUGGACCAAAUGGCUGCAGAAACUUUGUUGUCCCUGCUGCUUUGGCCGUGACUGCCUUGUCCUCAACCAAGGCUAUCUCUCAGAGGCAGGGGCCAGCCUGGUGGACCAGAAACUGGAACUCAACAUUGUGCCCCGUACAAAGGUAGUAUAUCUGGCCAGUGAGACCUUCAACUAUAGUGCCAUUGACCGAGUGAAGUCCAGGGGCAAGCGGCUUGCAUUAGAGAAAGUGCCAAAAGUUGGGCAACGGUUUAACCGCAUUGGGCUACCACCAAAGGUCGGUUCAUUCCAGCUCUUUGUUGAAGGCUACAAAGAUGCAGACUACUGGCUGCGGCGUUUUGAGGCAGAGCCGCUCCCUGAGAACACUAACCGGCAACUACUGCUGCAGUUUGAGCGGUUGGUGGUGCUGGAUUACAUCAUCCGCAACACCGAUCGAGGCAAUGACAACUGGCUAAUUAAAUAUGACUGCCCAAUGGAUAGUUCUAAUUCUCGGGACACAGACUGGGUGGUGGUAAAGGAGCCUGUUAUCAAGGUGGCUGCCAUAGACAAUGGGCUGGCUUUCCCACUGAAGCAUCCUGACUCCUGGAGGGCAUAUCCUUUUUACUGGGCCUGGUUGCCCCAGGCAAAAAUCCCAUUUUCUCAGGAGAUCAAAGAUCUGAUUCUUCCAAAGAUUUCGGACCCUAAUUUUGUCAAGGAUUUGGAGGAGGACCUAUAUGAACUCUUCAAGAAAGAUCCUGGUUUCGACAGGGGCCAGUUCCAUAAGCAGAUUGCUGUCAUGCGGGGACAGAUCCUGAAUCUAACACAGGCCCUGAAAGACAACAAGAGUCCCCUGCACCUUGUCCAGAUGCCACCCGUGAUUGUCGAGACGGCUCGUUCCCAUCAACGGUCCGCCAGCGAGUCCUACACGCAGAGCUUUCAGAGCCGGAAGCCCUUCUUCUCAUGGUGGUAGCCCUCAAGCAGGCCGAGGACAUAGACUUGGGCUGGGAGGAAGCCUGGAGAACAGGUUGCCGGAAAAGCCAGAGAAGCCUGUGGAGAGCAGCGCCCUCAAGAGCCCUCCCUGUCUGCUUACCACCCCCUCAGGGCUUUCCCCAGCACAGGGAGAAGCACAGCCCCGAGGGACAGUGGGUGCUCCUGGGCCCUGCUGAGUGCUGGGGAAGGCCGGCGCUCCCUGCAAGGAGUCC